AUGGAGAAGAACUUAGAGCUGAAUACACAGGCCAUUCCUUUCGUCAUAGGAACAUUUAGCGUUGUGUUUAUGCUGGCGCUCAGUGCGAUAGGUGCCACAGUGGGAUCAGUUAAGUCUGCCUCUUCUGCUGCUGUUGUCUCAAACAGAGGAGUCGAUCUGAUUACCAAGUCGUAUCUUCCUGUGCUCUUUGCAUCUGCGGGCUUUAUGUAUUCGAUUAUUGUCACGUUCCUGUCUCUUCCGAAGCUGCAGGAGAAUAUGACCAUAGACACGGCGUGGAAGGUGAUGAGUGCGUGUUUUAUCUACGGAAUAGGCUCGCUGUUCUCUGGGCUGGCCAUAGGAGAAGCCAAUAAGCAUGCGAUUGUCCGGCUAAGCGAAAACAGAAAAGUGUUUCUGUCGAUGAUCAUCAUAAACUCAACCAUUGAGCUGCCAGCCGUGUUCUCUCUUAUCUGUUCAGUAAUAAUUUUAUCAUAA